GGAUGUCGGCAUACAUUCUUUACGAACAUGCAGCUGGAUAUGCACUGUUCAAAAACAUCGCCAUGGAGGACAUUGGAUCUCAACUAGACCAGGUUCAAGCAGCAGUAUUGGAUUUGGCAAAGUUUGGUAAAGUAGUAAAACUAGAGUCUUUCCUACCUUUCAAAUCUGGAGCAAACGCCCUGGAAAAUAUCAACUCCAUUUCUGAAGGAGUUGUACACGACGACCUAAAGAACUUUCUGGAGACGAUGUUGCCCAAGAAGGCGGGUAAGCUGGGUGUAACCGACAGCAGGAUCGCAGGUUCAAUUACUGAGGACCUAGAUAUUGAAUGCGACUUCGGGGGCGUCACAGCUGAAAUCAUGCGUGGAAUCAGAUUCCAUUUCGCAAAGUUUGUGGAGGGUCUAUCCGCCAAGAACUGUGAGAAAGCACAGCUUGGUCUCGGUCACAGUUACAGUCGGUGCAAGGUCAAGUUUAACGUACACAGAGUAGACAACAUGAUCAUCCAGAGUAUUGCUCUACUGGACCAGAUCGACAAGGACAUCAAUACAUUCAGCAUGAGGCUUAGAGAAUGGUAUUCCUACCAUUAUCCAGAACUCAUAAAGAUAGUUCCUGAUAACGUCAUGUACGCUAAAGUAGUCAGUCUCAUCAAGUCCCGCAAGGAAUUGUCGGAAGAGAGUGUGGUAAAGUUGGAGGAUAUUAUUAUGGACAGUGCUAAAGCAAGGGCCGUAGUAGAGAGUGCCAAAAUCAGCAUGGGAAUGGACAUCUCACCAAUAGAUUUGAUCAACAUCCAGAGUUUCACGACUCGUAUCAUAGCUCUUAACGAGUACAGGUCCAAACUAAGUACUUACCUCGGAGAGAAAAUGAAUCAAUGUGCUCCAAAUCUUACUGCCCUCAUCGGCAACCAGGUAGGAGCCAGGCUGAUAGCACAUGCUGGCAGUCUCACGAACCUUGCUAAAUACCCAGCCUCCACCGUUCAGAUCCUCGGAGCUGAGAAAGCUCUCUUCCGGGCACUGAAGACACGUGGUAACACGCCCAAAUACGGCCUCCUCUUCCACUCCAGUUACAUUGGACGUGCUAAAGCUAAGAACAAGGGUCGAAUCUCACGAUACUUGGCUAACAAAUGUUCCAUCGCUUCCAGGAUCGAUUGUUUCUCAGAGAAUGUUAGCAACAACGUGUUCGGAGUAAAACUCCAGGAACAGGUCGAGGAGAGGCUGAAGUUCUACGAGACCGGUGAUCUGCCCAGGAAAAAUCUUGAUGUUAUGGAGGAAGCCAUGACGGAAGCUAUGCAAGUGUUGGAAACGACACCAACUGAAUCGGAGAAGAAGCGAAAGAUCGAAGAAGUGUCUGCAGAAACGACCGAAGAAACGCCUAUGGAAUCAGAGGAACCGUCCAAGAAAAAGAAGAAAAGGAAGUCAAAAGCUGCAGCCGAGCCCGCCCUUGCCGUUGAAGAGGCACCAGCGGUCGAAGCCGCGGAACCAGUGGUUCCGGUUGAGGCCCCUGAGCCAGUGAUUAUUCCUGUCGUAGAAGCAGCACCAGUGGUUGAAGCCGCCGAGCCAGUUGUUGAAGCAGCAGAAGAACCAGCCAAGAAGAAGAAGAAAAGGAAGAGUGCAGCAGUAGCUGUAGCAGAAGUCCCAGCACCUGUAGCAGAAGUCCCCGCACCUGUAGCAGAAGUCCCAGCACCAGAACCAGUCAGUGCAAAGAAGAAGAAAAAGAAGAAGUCCAUCGCACCAGCUGAAGUAGAUGAACCUGUUGUUGCUGAACCUGUUGUUGAGGAGGCUCCUAAAACCCCUGCAACCGAAAAGAAGAAGAAAAAGAAAGCCGCCACGCCCGCACCCGAACCAGUGGCUGCAGUAACGCCAGCAACUGAGAAGAGGAAAAAGAGAAAGAAGUCCGUCGCUUAAAAUAAAAAUGUGAAUACUUUUGAUUUGAUCUGUUUUGGAGGAUAAAAGCGGACAGGCCGCGAGCAAGUUUCAGGUCAAGGCGAGCCCAAUCUUGGAUUACAUUGCAAUGAGAAGACUAAAUGUAUGAAAAUUCGAGCCUUGUUUUUCAAGGGACGGUUCGUCGAUCAUGUCUCAUCAGUAAAAUAUAUGCACAGAUAAUGUGGUAUAGUUUUUAUUGGUUUUUAGUAGGGUCUGUAUUCUCAAAAAGAUGCGUGAAUUUUAACAUUUUAUCCUCAAGAUUUCAGCUGACAGUGACAAGAUCUUUUAAAACGAUUGAAUUUUGGCAUUGAAGUUAUUUAAACCACUUAAUUUAUUUCUUUUACAGAUAUUCA